ACUGCAGUAUUUGGCUGGUGCUGUGGUGUGUGUUCAGCGUCGUCGACGCCGCAGCUCGACGCUAUGACGAACGAGACGACAUCCGCCUCGCCGACAGCUAACGGCACGGCGACGUCGGAGCUGUACCCUCCGCCGGCGCGAGUUCGAGACAGAGCGUAUGUGCGAAGCAUGACCGAGUACGAAGAGAUGUACCAGAGGUCCCUGCGAGACCCGGAAGGUUUCUGGAAGGCCAUCGCGCAGGACUUCUACUGGAAGCACCCGCCCAAACCGGGCAAGUUCUUCGACUACAACAUCGACGUGCGCAAGGGCCCCGUGCACAUCCGCUGGAUGGAAGGCGCCAAGACGAACAUCUCCUACAACUUGCUUGACAGAAAUGUUGAGCGAGGUCUGGGCGCCACCGUCGCCUACUACUGGGAGGGCAAUGACCCAGAGGAUUGCAGCAUAGUCACCUACCAACAACUGCUAGAUGGUGUCUGCCAGUUUGCCAAUGUGCUCAAGAGUCUAGGCCUCAAAAAAGAAGAUACAGUUGCCCUGUACAUGCCCAUGAUCCCAGAGUUGGUCAUUGCCAUGCUGGCCUGUGCACGAAUUGGAGCUAUUCAUUCUGUUGUGUUUGCAGGCUUCUCAUCAGAUUCUUUGGCUGAGAGGCUGAAGGAUGCCAAGUGCAAGAUUGUCAUCACAGCUGAUGGUGUCUGGCGUGGGCCAAAGCUCAUCAACCUCAAGGAGAUAGUGGACCAUGCUGUCAGCAAGGCCAAGGAACAAGGUCACGAAGUGAAGCAGACCAUUGUGGUGCGGCAUCUGACGUCCCAGAAAGUUCGUCGCAAGGACACUGGCAAGCGGCCCUUCUCUGGGCUGCAGGUGGCCUGGAAUUCAGAGCAGGUCUGGUGGCACGAGCUCAUGGCCGACCAGCCCACGACCUGCGCCCCUGAGUGGCUCGACGCCGAGGCACCCCUGUUCCUGCUGUACACCAGUGGAUCGACGGGAAAACCCAAAGGCAUUGUGCACACCGUGGGUGGCUACAUGCUGUUCACUGCAACCACCUUCAAGUACGUCUUCGACUACCACCCAGGCGAUGUUUACUUCUGCACAGCUGACAUUGGCUGGAUUACCGGCCACUCGUACGUCUUGUAUGGUGUCCUUGCCAACGGUGCCACCAGUGUCAUGUUUGAGGGGGUUCCCUUCUUCCCGGAUGCCAGCCGCUACUGGGCCAUCGUGGAGAAGUAUAAGGUCACUCAAUUUUACACAGCACCCACUGCCAUACGAGCCCUCAUGAAGUAUGGUGACGCUUUUGUUCGCAAGCAUGACAGAAAAUCGCUGCGCAUUCUGGGGACUGUUGGUGAGCCCAUCAAUCCAGAGGCCUGGCUGUGGUACCAUAAGGUGGUCGGGAAUGGGAACUGUGCUAUUGUGGACACCUUCUGGCAGACAGAGACAGGAGGUCAUGUGUUGACACCUUUACCAGGAGCCACACCAACAAAGCCCGGUUCUGCGACGUUCCCCUUCUUUGGUGUGGAGCCUGCGAUUGUUGAUGAGCAGGGCAAGGAGCAGGAAGGAGAGGCUGAGGGCUACCUGGUGUUCAAGAAGCCCUGGCCAUCUAUGAUGCGAACAGUCUACAAUAACCACGUUCGCUUUGAGACCACAUAUUUCAAGAAGUUCCCUGGUUACUACUGCACUGGUGAUGGGGCACGGCGAGACAAGGACGGCUACUUCUGGGUCACUGGCCGCAUGGAUGACAUGCUCAAUGUUUCGGGCCAUCUGCUCUCCACAGCCGAAGUGGAGUCGGCGCUUAUCGAACACCCGGCCGUGGCAGAAUCCGCGGUGGUCGCAACUCCACACCCCGUCAAGGGCGAAUGCCUGUACUGCUUUGUCAUACUGAAGGAUGGCUCUACUUUCAAUGACCAACUGGUAGGCGAACUAAAGGAGAAAGUUCGAACCAAGAUUGGUCCCUUUGCCACGCCCGAGUAUGUCCACCAUGCCCAGGCACUGCCCAAGACCCGGUCAGGGAAGAUAAUGCGUCGUGUGCUGCGCCAAGUUGCCCGGAAUAACCGCAAUUUCGGAGACCUCAGCACCUUGGCAGACGAGAACGUCGUCGAGGCCCUCUUCAAGACGAGGCCGCCUGUGGCCUAGACCAACUCAGCCGGGCUUAGCGAUGCAGAAUGCAGUCUGAAGGUCAGGCCAGACGCCUCUCAGUGCCGUAGUGUGGGACACUAGCAGCUCCAAGGUGAUGUCUCAAACGGGUGAUUUUUUGCACAACAGCAGUCGUUGAAAAGCUGCUCCUAGAAAGCCAGUGAGUCACAGUGCACGGCUUCAGUAUGUUAUCGUGUAUAUUUUGAUCUGUGUCUCUGCUUUCCGUAGCCUGCCAUCCAUGUAGAAUAAUUGGGCUGACUCACCAUGCUGCGGCCGCCUGACUACCUUGCAUUCUGAAUCACUGCAAAGCCGGUGCCGAAUCGGAUGCAAGGGUUGCUCUGCCAGAUAUGCACACUGUGCAUGCAACUAGCCGAGAAUCUACUUAAUCUUGCAGCUAUUGUUGUUUAGUGAUACAUCAAGUUACAUUGGCAGGAAGUCAUGCACAUUUAUCACUGUUUUAUUCUAGAGCAUGUUGUAUAUGCAUGACCUUUUGCCCACCUCAGGGUUGCGAUUUAGUGAAAGCAUCUGUAAGGAUGUUGUUGCUUCUUCAGAGUUUAUUCUUGGCCGGUGCAACAUAGCGAAAGACGUAUAAUCGUAUGUGAUCGUACCCACUAGUCGUUGAAAAUGGUGUGAUGUGUCAAUUCUUCGUGACCAAGCCUCAUGUGAACAGUUGCCAUGUUCCCCAGCAUCCUUUGGCCAAAUGGCUUGCAACACUCUUCAUUUCUUCUCACCUUGUUAAACAUGCAUAACAGCCCGGUCAGCAGGCAUUGUUAAAAUGUGGACCAGAAAAAGAGCAUAUGUUAUUACAGCAUUUCAUAUUUUCCCCUCCUCCCCAUUACAGCGCAUAAAGCCAGAACAAGUGCAUUUUGGUGGCACAUGGCAGGUGCUCUGCAAAGACAAUCAAACUCUCUUACCAUUCCAGGAACAGGCGACUCUAUACCUCUGGCAAGCAUACGGGAUGGCAACUUGGUCAGGUCUAUUUCGGUGCAUUGCUCGAAAGAGCCAUUACAGUAUCGUUGUUCCGUGGAGCCUUUUGCAUGCCUCAUCUGCAUCAGACAAUCAGUAUAUCUAGGCUGUUAAACCCUUCUCACUGAGUGUUGCACAGUUAUGUAUCCAUCAACACAAGUUGGUUUGCCAUGUAGCCAGAUUUCAGUUGAGGGCCAUGUAAUUGCAACCGCAGAUCUUUCCAUGCGGCAUUACUGUUGACCCAAACAUUCGAGGAUUGAAUCUCGGGCCACAUUUUCGGUGGAGGCGAAAAGGCUUGAGGUCCCAUGCAUCUAGAUUUGGGCUUACGUUAAAGAACCUCAGGUGAUCCAAGCCCUCCAUUACGGUGUUCCUCAUAAUUAUUAUUGUGCAUGCGGAAUUGAGCCUGAUGCAUUACAGUCAUUUGACAUUAGUCUGCACUAGCAAGACAAUGCUUUUAAGGUCUAGGAAACAUCUGCACAGCAACUAUUUUUCAUCAUGCCUCAGGACCACAAAUAAUGGCAUUGAGUAGUCAAGGCCUUCAGUUCGUGAGUGGCAUUUUCUUCGGUAGAGCUGGCAGACAUUUACACUCGAAAGCAUUUAAUCUGACAGUGUCACUAACUAGUGAAUUCUAAAUUGAGCAUUGAUACAAAUAAUAAAAGAAAAUGGGCACACUUUGUAGCAAGUUUAAAUCUGCAUUUAAACAUGGUGAAGUGUAGAAAUAGCCAUACUAUAGUGCCAUUCAUCUGAGUCUAUGAUCUUUUACAACUUUGUAACCGAUCUUGGUUACUUCAGCCAUUGCAUGUUGAAUACGAAGCUUAGAAACAGUGUGGUGUCUGUCAUGUCAAAAUUGUGAUUUUAAAUUGAAUUCGCUGCAGUGCUACUAGGAGCUAAAGUGAGAUUUUUUGAAGUGAUCUGUAAAUAUUUCUCACUUUUACAGACACUAUUACAAAUUCUUGAAGUGUACUUGACUAAGCAAGCUUAAAUGUAGAGAGUACACAUUCUUCAGUCAAAUUCGUCCUCACAGAAGCAUUAGAUGACAAAUGGCAUCAGGGUGGAUUCUAGUUAAUUUGCCCAUGUGCCACUACACAGGUGGCAUCAAAUCUUGAAGCACUGGGAAGUUGAAAUGCCAUAUUGUGUCUCCGUGCGGCACACGAGCUUUUUAAUGUGACUGAUGCAUACUGACAAGAAUAAAUUAGUGCAAGAAAAAAGCGCAGCACACAAUAUACACACAAAUGCGAGAUCGGUUCAUGUAGAAACCGCACAGUCUCUUCAUGAGCAGAUCUUGAAAUGCAUCAGCAAGCAGAUGAAUCAAUUAGAAAAGCAGCACUUCCCUCAUAACUGGAAAGUUCUAUUUGAGUGCUUUCUUUAAUCCUGUGCACAUUGCAACGUCUGUUAGCACAUAAACAUGACUUGCCAUCCAUAUAUGUUGCAACUUGUGGUGCAGAAUGCAACAUAAUGGUGGCAUGGUGCUCAUAGCAAGCCAUUCAGGAAAUGGUUGACGUUUUCUUCCCCCCAGCUGAGGCAAUAUUUGUGAGUGCUAUGCAGAAGUACGUUGUUACACAUAAUGUGCUGUUGUGCCCACUUUUUGCCAUCUACGAAAGCUCCAGACUGGAGAUAUAAGUAUCGUGGUGAAAACACGUUUUGCUUGUUGUAUGCCGUGCAACGAUGGCGCAUUGCUCACGGCUUGCUGAGUGCAGGUUGUGUGCUGUGGAGUGAUCAGCACUGCAGUGGAUGUUGUUACCUCGUAGUUGUUUGAUUGUUACGCGUACAAUGCAUGGCCCUGUAGGCAAGUGCAAUAAAAUGUUUCAUCAAGCUA